AAAAAAAAAAAAUCAUAGGAAAAUGUUUUAAAUUGCACUACACAUUAUGGUAAACAGAUGAGACUGCUAUGGUACAGCAAUCAGCCUGGGUACUCUGGCCAUCCAGGCUGAGGAAAUCACCAUGUUGGGCCUUUGCAGAGCCCACUGUACCACAGCACUCCAGCGGGGGAGCUCUAUACCAGGAAACAGUUAAAAAGUAGGAGGUAGCAAUAUGGGGAAGACCCUGGUGGUUACUUACCCAACAGCCAUUUCUCCCCUCCACCCAGCUAACACCCUUGAUCUUGUUCAGGUAUGCACUGGCUUUAGAGGAGGGAGGCCCCAGCCCCAGUCCCAGCUUCAGUAGUCAUGAUUGGUCUGAGCUAGAUUUGGUGGGCCCAUUCUCCUUGCCAGUUACAGGUUUAGUCACAGGCAUGUGAUCAAAGUCUGACCAAGGAGACAGGGUGAGAAGUCUAUUCAGAGACUUUUGGGAAAGAUUUUCAUCACACUUAAAUAAAAAGGACUUUGCAGAAAAACAUUCCCUCAUCUGCAGCUAGAUACUGUCAUAUCUGUGUGGCAUUCCUGGAAUUGUGGAACUGUGAGGGGGGUUUCCUGGAGUGGAAGAGGGGAAAGUGGAGGAAACCUGUUCCUUGAUAGCAUUGUUGAGCUAUUAAAUUAACCAAUUCUGUAACCUAUCUAGAAAACCCACUAUGGACCAAGCUCUUUAACACAGAUUAUCUCUUUGAACCCCCACAUUAGUCCUCUGAGAGUAGGUAUUAAUAUCCCUUUGCUAUGGAUGAGCAAAUUGAGGCUAUGAAAACUGAGGUCAUUGGUCCCAUGUAACAAGGCUGAGAUUUGAAGCAGUAAGACUCAAACUAAGGUUGCCCUGACUCCACAAUCCACCUUUUCUUUCACUAAAGUCGAAAACAUCACUGAAGCACCCUGAAAUGCACAGAUAUGCUGAAAGAAAACAAAGCUGACAAAAGGUGAUAUUAAGCCCACCCCCUCAGCCACCCAAAUUUUAUCACUGCUUCCAAAACAUUAGACAGAUCAGGGAGGAAUAGUGAUUUUUCUAUCCAGUGCUAACUUUAGCCAGGAAUCUAUGUGUUAAGGAGGUAGGUUUCCUGGAGAGUCUGAUGCAAAUAGUCCUUGAUCCACAAUGUCAGAAGCAAAGCCGUUUAAUCAAUAUAAUCCACCUACAUGCGGGGCUGUCUAUUAACUCUGCCACUUGGUCAAAUGAUUUAAACCCAUCUCCAAGCCCCUGUGUCCUAUAAAAUGUGUAAUUCCAGCAUUGUUUUGAAAGAUUCCAUGUGAUAAAGCCUGCAGAGCGCUUAGAACAGUACAGGGCACUUAAGCCCUCAAUAUAUUAUGUCAUCAUGAGUAUGAGUAUUCUAAGAAAGAAUACAAUGGUCUACUUGGAAAUAUAUCCCAAAAAAGUAAUGACUGAUGGAUAUAGAUGUAUUGUGAUAAGGUAUAGUAAAAUAUUAAUGUGAAAAUAGUAAAAAAAUAUUAAAGGGAAAAUGUUCACUGUAAAAUUCUUUCAACUUUCUUUGUUUGAAAAUGUUCAUAAUCCAAUGUUGGGGGGAAAAAUAGUGCAUUGGGGUUGCGCUUUGGGAAGGAAAGCUUGUUUUUGUUUUUAAUAAAAAGGUAUAAAAAGAAAAAUGGGCGAGAUCUUCUCAACUCUGUCCCGCCUUCGGGCUGUGGGCCUUUAGCAACGCUGCUUAAAUGAAAUCAUAGAGAACCGCUUGCGAAAUACCAAAUCCUCGAGAGCGAGGCCCAAGGCUGCCAAACCCUUGCAAGGGACAGGGACGCGCUCCAAGUUCCCCCAUCCCGCGUCGGUGCCGAGGAGGUGGGGCUGGAGCGAACCCGGGCGGAAACACCGUUCAGCCGUUACCAGGAGACUCCGGACCGGCUGUAGCCGCCUUGCGCCGCGUGUAAAUAUUUUUUGGCAGGGCGGGGGAGAGAAGCGUCAAAUUUCAAAAAAAAAAAAAAAAAAAACCCAAACCCCACCGCCCCGACGGGCGGGCGGGCGCGCGCGAUGGGCGCACUUUGGCUGCGGGAGCGAGUGGAGGAUGCUGGGAAGGAGGUAAAAUGGCCACCGGCGGCGGCGCCGAGGAGGAGAGGAAGCGGGGGCGGCCGCAGCUCCUGCCCGCCACGCGCCCAGCAACACGGGCAGAGGAGGCCGAGGUCGGCCGCGAGAAGAUGGGCUGGGCCCAGGUGGUGAAGAAUCUGGCCGAGAAGAAGGGCGAGUUCCGCGAGUCACGGCCGCCGCGACGGGAAGAGGAAAGCGGCAGCGGCGCAGGCGGUGGACUCGGCGCCCCCGCAGGCCUGGCGACGCCGGGUCUUAAUGACUUUCCCCCCGCGGGCCGCGGAGAUCCAAAGGGCCGCCGGAGAGACCCGGCUGGCGAAGCGGCGGACGCCCGCAAAAAGAAGGGCGCAGCGGAGGUGGGCAAGAGGAAGAAGGCAGAGACUGCGGCCAUGGCGACCCCAGGCAGGUCCGGCGCAGCAGAGGACGAGGCCGAGCGGCCCCCCCAGGAUGAACCGGCGGCGGCGGUGGGCCCCGCGGCAGGUCCGGGCAAGGGCCGCUUCCUCGUGCGCAUCUGUUUCCAGGGAGACGAGGGCGCUUGCCCGACCCGGGACUUCGUGGUGGGCGCGCUCAUCUUGCGCUCCAUCGGCAUGGACCCGAGCGACAUCUAUGCGGUCAUCCAGAUCCCGGGCAGCCGGGAGUUCGACGUGAGCUUCCGCUCAGCGGAGAAACUGGCCCUGUUCCUGCGCGUCUACGAGGAGAAGCGCGAGCAGGAAGACUGCUGGGAGAACUUUGUGGUGCUGGGGCGGAGCAAGUCCAGCUUGAAGACGCUCUUCAUCCUCUUCCGGAACGAGACCGUGGAUGUGGAGGACAUCGUGACCUGGCUGAAGCGCCACUGCGAUGUACUGGCCGUGCCCGUAAAAGUAACCGACAGGUUUGGGAUCUGGACCGGGGAGUACAAGUGCGAGAUCGAGCUGCGCCAGGGAGAGGGCGGGGUCAGGCACCUGCCAGGAGCCUUCUUUCUGGGGGCCGAGCGGGGCUACAGCUGGUACAAGGGGCAGCCCAAGACGUGCUUUAAAUGUGGUUCCAGGACCCACAUGAGCGGCAGCUGCACGCAGGACAGGUGCUUCAGGUGCGGAGAGGAGGGGCACCUGAGCCCUUACUGCCGGAAAGGCAUCGUAUGCAACCUCUGUGGCAAGCGAGGACAUGCCUUUGCCCAGUGUCCCAAAGCAGUUCACAAUUCCGUGGCAGCUCAGCUAACCGGCGUGGCCGGGCACUGAACACCCGCCUGCCUGCCAAGGUGAACACAGAGCCAGCUUACCCCUCUUAAGUGCCAAAACUUUUUCUAAAUCUUUUUUUUACAUCGCGUUUGAAGGAGAUCUUUCUAAACCUACAAAAAGACAUCUCUCUCUGCCUUCUUAAACCGAGUUUACUCCAUUUCAGCCUUUUCUGAAUCGGUGACUCUUCGUCAUCAGUACCGACUACCGAGACUGUAGUGUGCAGAUGUGUCGCCCCUCCCUUUUCAAACUUUGGUUUCAUUUCUGUGGGGGAUUUGUGUGUGUGUUUGUUUGUUUGUUACGCCCCACACCUUGUCUUCUAGGGUUUUUACCCUUUUAGGCUGCCUUGGGCUGCCUUGCUCAUCUUUGUGACCCAGCACUAGGCACGGGGCCCAGCACAUAAUAAGCACUCCAUCAGUGUUUUGUUGACUUGAGAACGUUGUUGACUGUGGCUUUCUUAAUUUGCUGCUUCUAAUCUGUAUGGUCUGAGAAUUUGUAAAACCAGUGUUGUUAGAAGUAUAUAUAAUCUGAAUCAAUAAGCUCUGAAUGGUGGCCAAGGGCCUGUCUUAGGCAUUAAAACGCGUGGACUUUGUGAUAGCUCUUUCGGUGGCUCAGAAGCCAUUUUUCAUAGAAUAGAAUUUUCCUAUUGGAAAGGACCCCAAAAUUGGUUUCGACCAAUCCCCUGGUUUUCCAACAGUGAAACAGGCCCAGGGAGGUUAAAGGACUGGGUCAAAAUUACAUGUCUGGUGCCAGAGCUAGCCUAGGGUAGAGUUCCCUGACCCCAAGCCCGGUGCGCAUUCCACUACCUCUCACACUUCACAACAAUUUCCUCAGCACGUCAGGGCCCAGAAAGUCUGAUCUCGCCAGAAAAAUGAGCCCAGAGGAAUGCUAAGAAAUCAUCUGGGGGAGGAAGCAGAAGAUUUAGCAGGGGCUUCUGAAUUCUUGGAGAUGGAGAAAGGGACAAAGGAACGUAAUUCAGGGUGCAUUCAUUGCCCCCUGGGGUACUAUAUCUGGAUUAAGGUGUACGUGGUCCUUUGGGGCCUUACCCUUCCUCAUUCAUUGCCAACAGUGAGAAAUGGGGGUGCUCCUGUUUAAGGAAACCUACCAAAGGUUUACAUUUGCACCUGAGCCUCAAUAGCUAGAAACCCCAGAGAAGCAGCUAAAUGGAGCUCAUCUGCAACCUCAUAACUCGCAGAAGACGAUUUUAACCCGGAAUUAUAAGUGAGUUGUUAACUCUUUAACAAGUACUUGGGAAAUAGUCCAAGCAAGAGGACAUUGGGUCAACUAAGUGUUAACAAGUUAAAGUAGAAAAGAGAAUACACUACUUUUCUUUUAGUUUUUGUCUUACGUUUGUUUGCAUUAUUUUGCUAUUUCCUUGUGGUUUAGAAUGUAAAACUCAUUGUUAAAAAUUUUGUUCUAAAUAAAUAUUUAUCUUUUGUAUUGCUAA